UGCAGCAAGCAUCUUCAUAGCAGCUACUGCAUCAGAAAAGAUCCCGAUCCUCGACUGCAAAUUCGCCAAUUUUCGUCAACACUCGACAAAACACGGAAGUCCAAUACUCGGGUCUGUUUUUCCUGUCAAGAACAAGCUGUGACUUGGGGAGAAUUGUCACAUGAUUACAAGGACAUGGAUGUGCAUUUCUUAAUGGCCUUAAUUUGAUUAAAGUAAAUUCACAUCACAUUGUCGACGCAACAUCGUGGUAAGACAACUGGUCUUACGACCGCAACCUCGACUGCACUUUUACUGGACGCUAGGUUGCUACGUUAGCUAGCCGGCUACAAGCUAAUGUGAGUUUACGAAGAUGAAGCCAGUCAAUGAAAAUAGAGCCCAUAUACACAUUAUAAGCUUAAGUGGGUUUAGUGGUGAUUAAAAGAGUCAUUUUGUGUCAAGCACCAUUUUAUGUAGUUUGUUGGCUGUGUGCAAAAAAGCUAACUUCAGUAUCACCAUCUCUCCCUCUUCCCUGUGGUUGCGAGGGGCGGGGCUUCAUCUCUUCCAGCCACGCAGACAGAGGUGUUUGUCUUGUCAUGACAGCCAUGGAGAGAUUAGAGGCUACAUCAGAGCUUCAGUCACGGCUGUCAUCCUUGUCUUUCUCGUCUUUUCCCGGAAUAACAUCGAAACAGUGCGCCAGCAGACCGCCAGACAGGCUCCAGAAUACAAAUCUUUCGGAAGGUUUUACUCAAUCCAAACACCAAACCAAUAUGGAUGAAACCAAGGAGGGAUCAGGACAGCUUUGUGAGGGUAAUAACGAGGCCCCUGCUGAGCUGGACCUGGGGGAAGGAGGCAAAGAGGACGACAGUACUGGGAGCUGUCAGCUCUCGGCUGAAAUGAAAGAUGCAGCCCAGAUGCCACCCCUGCAACCCCCUAUAACUUGGACAUCUGCUGCACUGAAAGAGCUGAAGGCAAAGCUUCGAACGGAGAAAGACAGCGUGGUGACAGUGUACCGAGGCGACAUUAUGACAGUUCAUGUUCCCACUCUCCCAGAGGCUAAGAAAGUGUGCUGGGAGUUUGCCACAGAUGGCUAUGACAUUGGCUUUGGCAUAUAUUUUGACUGGACUCCCGUGACAAACAGGUCUAUUACUGUGCACAUCAGUGAGUCGAGCGAUGAUGAAGAUGAAGAGGAGGAGUUGGAAGGGCCUGUCAGUAAUGGAGACAUAGAGAAGGGCUCAAAAAGUCAAACCAACUCAAACUUGGCUGAAAUCCUACCUGUGUACCGUCAAGACAGCCAUUUGUCCGUCCAUGGUGGGAGCCACGACUUUCCAGGUGAAGGCACCUACCUUCUUAAGUUUGACAACUCCUACUCCCUUUGGCGAAACAAAACUCUUUACUACAGGGUUUAUUACAGUGCCUGAGAUGCUGAUUUGUUGUCCAUGAAUGUAUAAUUU